UUUAUUAUUUUUGUGUUUUAGUUAACAAUUGGUAAUAAAUUACAAAAAAUUGUUUUGAGUCAUUUUGCAACUGAGAACUCCCGCGAGUUAGUGAGUUUGUAAAACGCCGUGAGUGUCGUCACUGAGCGAAACUUCGCCGGUUGUUACUCUAACGGAUAACUCUAGAGUCACUCGACACUCAGCUCUACCGUCUCUUCGCCGAUAUCAAUCACAGUCUCGUUAUGUUAGAGGUUUGUGAAUGAAUUCUCGUUUUAGGCCGAACGUCUGAAUUGAUUUAGAGUGAAAAUGUCAUUCAAUUAUCCAGCAGUGGCGUACAUUUUCGCCCUCAUCUCGGACGCAGUUCUUAUAUUCUUCGCUAUAUUUCACGUGAUCGCUUUCGACGAGCUGAAAACGGAUUAUAAAAAUCCAAUCGAUCAGUGUAACAGCUUGAACCCUCUCGUCUUGCCUGAGUACUUGCUUCAUAUGAUCUUCAAUGUACUGUUCUUGCUCAGUGGUCAGUGGUUUUCUCUUUGCAUGAACAUACCUCUCAUCGCCUAUCAUGUUAUGAGGUAUAAGAAUCGGCCGGUCAUGUCUUGUGCAGGCCUUUACGACCCGACAGAUAUUAUGAACACUGAUGUUCUUACAAAAUGCCAAAGAGAAGGAUGGGUUAAACUAGCCUUUUAUCUAAUGUCGUUUUUCUACUAUUUAUACGGGAUGAUCCACUCCCUCAUCACAACAUGAAGAAUUGAUGAAAAUUCAAAUUAUGUUCCAAUUUAAGACUUACAAUCAUUACGAGACACAAAAAUGAGAGGAAUGUUUGCUAUUCUAACAAUACAUUUAGAGUCUUAUCAGUGAGGUGUGCCAUUGUUCUUUUUUUUUUUUUUUUUUUUUUUUUUUUUUUUUUUUUUUU